CAAAAAACACUGAAAUGUUUCAAAUGUGCUGGACUGAUUGUUCGUGUUGGCGUCUAAUUGGCAUCAAACUCUAUUUAAUUUUGAUUGUCAUCAACUUCUUGGCUGUGGAUGGACUCAAGUUGCUUCAAGUGUCUAUUCCGCCAUUGAAAUUGACGGGACAAACAGCUCGACUUGCUUGUCAAUACGACCUCGAAGGAGACACGCUUUACUCUAUUAAAUGGUAUAAAGGUGGGCGAGAGUUUUUCCGUUACGUUCAACGUGACCAGCCACCGAUGCAAGUGUUUCCAGUUGAAGGCGUCAAAGUGGACAAAAGCCAAUCGGACCAGUUCCAAGUCACCCUGGUUCAUUUAACUAUUUCAUCGACAGGUCGUUACAAAUGCGAAGUAUCAGUUGAUGCCCCAUCAUUCCAGACGUCCUUCAACACUGUCGAAAUGAAUGUUGUCGCUUUACCAGAAUUCGGACCUCGGAUCAACACCAAGGGUUUUUUCUCGUUCGAUUCCAACGUGACACUCGGCAAUUCUGCUUACAGAAUAUUAAAAAGUGAUGAUAACUAUCAUCGAUCGUAUCAUUUGUAUUAUUCACGGCAAUCCAACGCUCGUGAUAAUGACGAAAUUCAAAUCAAUUGCACGUCGAGUCGUUCAAAACCAGCAGCCGAACUUCAUUGGUACGUCAAUGGUUUCAAGGUGAAGGGGGAGCACAUGAUUGAAUAUGCCCCAUUUAUUGACGACGAGGCAAGUAAUUCUAGCACGUUAUUGGAAACGUCUAUACUGGGACUCAGAUGGAAAUGGAUGAUAGCGUCGUCUAAUGAUAAUCACCAAGAAAUGGAUGCUGUAAUUACUUUCAAUUGUACGGCAGCCGUUGGCUCUGUUUACUGGAGCUCGACAGCGUUAACGCUCAGUCCCGAGACGGGGGUCGGUGCCAAAUCACGACCAAUGUUGAUGUAUCACGGGAGCCAUCUAUCCUCAAAUGCAAUUUCUGUUACUUCAAUCACAUGGCCAGUAGCUUUUCUUUAUGGUAUCUUUCUUGUCUUUUCAUCUUUCUGCAGGCACUAUGGCUAGAUUAUAAAAUUAAUUUCAUCAGUUAGCAAUUAGUUAUUUUUUUAUUGUUGUAAAUAUAGUUUUUUACCUGAAUUUGGCCAAAAUCCAGAUGGUAGCCCAGUAAAAAAUGUGUUCUUUUCUUGCCAUUUUGGUUAUUGUUCAAAGUCUCUGUGUACGUUCCUAUUAUGUUAACGUAUUCCCUACUCAGCAUCUCAUUUUAAUGCCUAUGUAUUGUUGAAACUUUCGACUUACCGAUGAGAAUUGUUCUCCAUUUUCAUACCUCUGAUCUAGUCACGUGUUCUGUACAGAGGGUACAAUUCUGCUCUUUGCUCGUACAGCAUUUUCAUUUGUCUUCUACCCUAACCUGAAGAAAAAAAGUAAAAGUUCUUUUUUUUACUCGAAGUAAAAUA